AUGGACGUGACUGAAAAAAUCAGGACCUGUGAGAGAUGCGUACGAAGGAAGGCACGGGCUGAGAGAAGCGCUCCCCUGGUGAAUAUAAAAACAAGCCGUCUGCAGUUGGUCUGUAUGGACUAUCUUUCACUGGAGCCUGAUGAAAAAGGGACGAAAAACAUCUUGGUCAUUACAGACCAUUUUACUAAGUAUGCCGUAGCGGUUCCAACAGCUGAUCAAAAGUCAAGAACAGUGGCGAAAGCUCUAUGGAACAACUUUUUCAUUCAUUAUGGAUUUCCAGAGCGGUUGCACAGCGACCAGGGUCGGGACUUUGAAUCAGCCCUGAUCAAGGAUCUAUGUAUGCUGCUUGGCAUUAAAAAGACAAGGACAACACCUUACCACCCACGUGGAAACCCCGUGGAGCGGUUUAACAGAACACUUCUUGAGAUGCUGGGGACACUUGAAGAGGGAGACAAAGACAAGUGGAGGGAUUUUGUGCAGCCCCUUGUCCAUGCAUAUAAUUGCACUAAAAAUGAUACAACUGGCUAUUCUCCUUAUCAGCUGAUGUUUGGUCGCCAGCCAAGACUCCCAGUUGACAUAGCUUUUGGGCUGAGCCCUGAGGGAAGCAGUAAACUAUCCCACUCUGAAUACGUCAAGAAGCUGACAGAGAGUCUAUCUGAAAGCUAUCGACUGGCCACUGAACACAGUUUGAAGAAUGCUUUACAGAACAAACAAAGGUUUGACUGCAAAGUAAGAGAAUCCACACUAAAAGCUGGAGACAGAGUCCUUGUGCGGAAUGUCGGCAUCAGAGGGAAGCAUAAAAUCGCUGAUCGAUGGAGUGAAACUAUAUACACUGUUGUUAAACAGAUCCAAGACUCCCCUGUAUAUGUCGUUGUCCCGGAACACACAAGUGGACCUGAAAGGGUUUUACAUAGAGACCUGCUUUUGCCAUGUGGCUUUCUCCCUUCCACUGUCAAAGAAGUACAUCCCAGUGAGCCCAAGUCCAGACAGAAACGUGAUCACGCACCUCUUCCUGUUGAUGGAGCUGAAGAAGAUGAAAUGUCUGAAGAGGGGGAUGAGGUUGAGUAUUACUCCCUUUAUGACCAACCUUCAACUUUGACUAUUGCUGGACAGGAAAGAGGGAUUCUCGAGCAAAGGGAGUGUGCUGUAGGAUCUACUGACGAGGAAACCCAGAUGAAAAAUGAGCCUGUUUCUGUAAGUCAGGAAGCUGAUGGGAGUUUUAAUGUGUCCACACUGAACCCUGCAGCUCCAGCAUUUGAACCUGAGGACGUUGGAGGUGGUGGAAGUAGUAAUGCAAGUCAAGUUCUACACUCACCUGCAUCUGAGAUUGUACAAGCCAAAGGAAUUCCUCCUGUUCCUGCAAUGGACCUGAGUGAGCAUAGUUCCAGAGAUGGACCAGAAAAUGGAUUGGAGAUGGCAGAGGAAAGCGGAAAUGUUGAACUCUCAGAGUCAGAAACAACUGAGGUUGUCCCCAAAGAUGAGACAACGUUGAGAAGAUCCUCUAGGGAUAAAACAGCUCCCAAAAAGCUGACCUACCCAACUCUAGGGAAACCCAUUGGUCACAGUUAUGCACUCCAUUUUAACUGGGUGGCAGUGGUGGCGCUGCAUAGAGGGGAAAUUGCUUCACUGAUUGUUAGAGAAGAAGAUAACACCGUGAAUGUAGCAGAACGAUAG